GUAUUGGGUGAUCCUGUGAAGAUUCAGCAAUGGGUGGUAUGCAGUUUGCCGCAGGACACAUUAUCGGUUGAAAAUGCUAUUAUUAUUGAUACUAGUAGCCGUUGGCCGCUUAUGAUAGACCCGCAGAGGCAGGCAAAUAAAUUUAUAAAAAAUCUCGGAAAGCAAUCAAGUGAGGCGGGAAUUGAAAGUUGCAAGUUGAGCGAUCCGAAUUUUCUGCGGACACUUGAAUUGGGUAUACAAUUUGGGAAGUGGAUUUUGCUGGAGAAUGUUGGGGAGGAGCUCGAUCCAGCAUUGGAGCCAAUUUUGCUGCAGCAGAAGGUGAAGGAUGGCUCCGGUUACGUUAUGAAAUUGGGUGAUAAAACGAUUAAUUACAUGGAAACGUUUAGACU